GCGCUUCCCAGCCGCAGGCUCAGCCGCCGCCGCCGCCGCCGCCGCCGCCACUGCCGCGUCGCUCGCUCGCCGAGCCGGGCCGCCGGCACCAUGGGCCAGUGCGGCAUCACGUCCUCCAAGACCGUGCUGGUUUUCCUCAACCUCAUCUUCUGGGGGGCAGCUGGCAUUCUGUGUUACGUGGGAGCCUACGUCUUCAUCACGUAUGAUGACUACGACCACUUCUUUGAAGAUGUGUACACGCUCAUCCCUGCAGUGGUGAUCAUAGCUGUGGGAGCUCUGCUUUUCAUUAUUGGACUCAUUGGCUGCUGUGCUACAAUCCGGGAAAGUCGCUGUGGACUUGCCACGUUUGUCAUCAUCCUGCUCUUGGUUUUUGUCACAGAAGUUGUUGUCGUAGUUUUGGGAUACGUUUAUAGAGCAAAGGUGGAAAAUGAGGUUGACCGCAGCAUUCAGAAAGUGUAUAAGACCUACAAUGGCACCAACCCUGAUGCUGCUAGCCGAGCCAUUGACUAUGUACAGAGACAGUUGCACUGUUGUGGAAUUCAUAACUAUUCAGACUGGGAAAAUACAGAUUGGUUCAAAGAAACCAAAAACCAGAGUGUCCCUCUUAGCUGCUGCAGAGAGACUGCCAGCAGCUGUAACGGCAGCCUGGCUAACCCCUCCGACCUCUAUGCUGAGGGGUGUGAGGCUCUAGUUGUAAAGAAGCUUCAAGAAAUCAUGAUGCAUGUUAUCUGGGCAGCACUGGCCUUUGCAGCCAUCCAGCUGCUGGGCAUGCUGUGCGCCUGCAUCGUGCUGUGCAGAAGGAGUAGAGAUCCUGCCUAUGAGCUCCUCAUCACUGGCGGCACGUACGCAUAGAGGCGGCUGGAGCCUGAGAUAAUCUGAGUCGUCUCGUUCUGAUUUGGAAGGUGAAUUGAGCAGGCUUGCUGCAGUUGGCCUCCCGAGUUCAUCUAGUUAAAGCACACGUACACUGGUGUUGGACGGAGCAGCUUGGCUUUUCAUGUACCCACCUACUCGCCUACCCGCCUCUGACUCUCUCUCCCUGUUCUGGCUGACUCUCCAUGCCCCCGUUUCAGAACCGUUUGCAAGUUGCUUAGUGUGGUAGAAUUAAAGGAGGAUGUGGGCCUGCUUCUGUUGCUUCCAAGAAGUCUUGGGACUGAUGCUAUAGUAUCACCGGGUCUUUUAGUCUUCACAAUGGAGAGCUCUUGGCCAAAGGUUUUUGGGGAAGGGGAAGGAAGCCAGCUGUCUGGUAAAAGGUAAUACCAGAUGGUGCCCCUCAUCAGUGUCCUUUAAAAAAUAUAUUCUGUAGUACAAUAAGAUAGCAGUUGUACAAAAUGGCUAACAUAGAUUGUAGAAUCAUACAGUAUUUGUCUUUGUUCAUCUUCAGAAUCAGAGACUGAUCUUUGAAACUAGUGGUUUUUAAUCGAAGCUGGCUUUCUAGGAGGAGGAUAAUGUAUGCACUACUGUUUCAAAAUAAUUAGUGUGAGUGUGUGAGGGUUUUUGUGUGAUUGAGCCCAUUCAUCACAAGUCUUAAACUCGUUACAGAUAAUGUCCCCAUGUAGACUAGCAACAUAGUAUGUAGAUGUGAUCUCAGUUGUAAAUAGAAAAAUCUAAUUCAAUAAACUCUGUAUCAGCCCUCAA